AUGUGUACUUACGGCGAAACGAAGGAGUUGACCAGCUUGAGCAGUAGCGUUGGUAGCAUGACAAGCGAAGAGAAGGUAGUUCCUGGGUUGCACCCUCCAUGCGAAUCUCAUGAAGACGGUCGAGUAGGCGCAGAGUGCACCGGACAUGGUUCCCGAGAUCAUCUCUUCAUCCUUGCUGAGAUCGGCGAUUGCUGCGAGUGGAAGUCCCCAGUUGGCUACUGGUCCCCAGAAAUGUGUCGACUGCGAGAAAAGAAGAAGAAGGUGUAA